UUCUUUAUUCAAGAUAAAGAAGAGCCAAUGGCGAUGAAGAGAACAUCACAUGUUCUUCUACUACAUCUUCUGCUUUGCUUGAUGUUUGUGAUUGGUCUUGUACAAGCUAGUAUACCAGGUGGCGAUAUGGGUCCAGAAAUAUAUACUCCACCAUCAGGAUCAUGUGGAACACCUAUUGCCAAAUAUGCUUCAUCCCAAGUACUAGUCAAGAGACCACCACCAUGUAGACGUCCUCGACUUGGAAACCAAGAAGAUGUGACCGACACCACACGAUCUUGAAAUAUAAGAACAAUAUAUAUGUGAAUAUGUGAUGUUGUUUAAAGAUUGUCAAAGUGAUAUAUACAUUGAGUGACUCCAAUCUCGGUCACUACCAAUAUUUUCACUAAAAUCUAUUUAUUCAAUAUUUUUUAUA